UUUAUUUUUAUUACGAAAAUGGUCAACAAUUUUGAAAAAAACCUUCUUAGAUCUAAAUGAAAAUAAUGUGGUUUUAAAACGGUACGCAGCGAAAAUGUUCUACCAGUCAUAUUCGGGUGAUAUUUUACAUCUAAACGUCGGUGGCAAGAGAUUUUCGACAUCAAGGCAGACUCUCACGCUGGUUCCGGACACGUUCUUUACCGCUCUGUUAAACGGUCGCAUUCCCAGCUUACGCGACGAAAAAGGAUGCAUUUUCAUCGACAGAGACCCAGAAGUUUUUUCAGUUAUUCUAAACUACCUACGAACCAAAGAGAUCAAUUUGAAAGGGAUCGAUCUCAGGACUUUGAGACACGAAGCCGAAUACUAUAACGUCGCUCCUCUAGUCAGAAGGCUGAUGUUAUGUGAGGAGCUAACACAAUCCACUUGCGGUGACGUAUUGUUCUAUGGAUACCUUCCUCCUCCUUCGGUUCCAUUGCAGGAUGCUUCAAAUUCAGGUGUUCCUCUCGUUGAAACGACUGCAGUACACCAGUCUAGAAGCAGAUUGGUUGAAGCUAACGGUGAACAAAAUCAAAAUGAACCAGAUAGUGUUCCUGGUACAAGCAAGGAUACAGGAAAUGGUGCUCAAAAUCAUGCAGGGACUUAUUUCCAAGCUAGGCAAGGACAUUCUAGAAACUCCUCCUUGGAACUGAGGAUGCAAGGGCUGCAGGCCAGCUACAGCAGGAGUUCUCAAGACUUGAGAGGUGUUGCCAAUAGAGGUCACUCGCGCACAGCCUCCUUGGACUUGAGGCAUGCCCGCAAUUCAUCAGCCGACUUGAAUAAGCUGGUCAGAAAUGACCUAGGAUUAGUUUUCGGAGCCUCAGCUUCAAGCUGGGCAGAUCCAUUGCGGGUACAGAUUAUUAAAGCUCAUCACAACUGGAUUGUAGUGGGAUAUGCUCAUUUUGUCGUUUGUUACAGGUUAAAAGACUCUAGCGGUUGGCAGCAAGUGUUUACCAGCCCCCACAUAGAAAAUUGUAUAGAACGUAUCGCCAUCAAUGCCAAAAUGGGCCCGACGGACAUCUCAAAAAUGGUGGCGAUAUCGUACGGCAGUCAAGUGAGGCUAUGGGGCAUAUCGGACACGGGGGACAUGACCAAUAUAGGAACAUUUAAUUUGUUGGUACGCGUGGAGUAUUUGUUUUUCAUCGGUAGUCAGUUGGUAGCGCUGUCGCCCUCUGGAAAGUUGGGGGUGUGGCAUGCGAUGACGCAACACUGGCAGACGCAAGACGUCAUGCCCAUAGCCUCCUUCGAUACGGCAGGUUCCAUAUUAUUGCUGGGAUGCAACAACGGAUGCAUCUAUUAUAUAGAUAUGCAGAAAUUUCCUUUGAGGAUGAAGGAUAAUGAUUUGUUGGUGACCGAAUUGUAUAGAGAUCCAAACAAUGACACUGUCACAGCUAUUUCCGUUUAUUUAACACCGAAAACAGAUCUCUGUGGUAAUUGGAUAGAAAUAGCUUACGGUACCACUUCGGGAGCAGUAAGGGUGAUAGUACAACACCCAGAGACUGUAGGAUAUGGGCCACAACUAUUUCAAACAUUUACCGUGCAUCAGAGUCGUGUCACAAAGGUCACUCUCUCCGAAAAAUUCUUGGUCUCGGUCUGUUCCGAGUACAACCACGUCCGAUCCUGGAAGGUUACCAGGUUCAGGGGUAUGCUGAGUACUCAGCCCGGCUCGGCGCCCGAGGCCUCCUUCAAAAUCGUGGCGCUGGAAGCGGCCGAGCCCCCCGUAACCACCGGCAGUACCGGGCCUCAGGGGGGCGUGGCCUCUUUGACCGGCGCCGGCAACGAUUGCGGACCGUUCGGCGAGCAGGACGACGAGCAGGUGUUCGUGCAGAAGGUGGUACCCGACGCGGAUCAGCUGUUCGUCAGGCUGGCCAGUAACGGCAAGAGGGUUUGCGUGAUAAAGGCGGUAGAUGGCAGCACGGUGAGCGCGUUUUGCGUGCACGAAUGCGAGGGUUCCAGUCGUAUGGGUUCGAGACCGCGAAGGUUCAUUUUUACCGGUCAUUCCAAUGGUUCAAUACAGAUGUGGGACCUCACCACCGCUUUGGAUCUCUGCUACAAGACUGAUUUAGACUCGAACCCCUUCUACAUGAAAAAACCGUCGAAUUCGACAGAGAAACGCGACGGCGGGCCGACGCCCACCGAGCUUCUGCGCAUGCUCGACCAGUGCGACAUCAGCAACAGCCUGUGUUCCACGCCCUGUAUGUCGCCUUGCAUGUCGCUGGCGACCGCGACUCGCCUGAAAUCUAGCAACGUCGCCUUCCUCAAUCAGCAACUCGGCAACGAGGUUGACAAGAACGCGGGGUCCGCGUAGAAAACGCCAAAUAGAAGAAUGAGAAGAGAGGAGUGUAAAGUUAGGUAAGGUUUUUGACACCUUUAGGUGUGACGUUAUUGUAUAUGCAACCAAAAAUACAUCCUAGAGCCCUAAAAAGGAUUUUAUUCUACUAGUCUGAAUGUUGUGAGUUCUGUCUGAAUAAAAAGUUGUACAUUUGAAAGAAGCGCCAAAAAAUUUUAGAACAGGAAACAAUUAAAAAGAAAUUAGUUUUAAUCAUGAAAAGUUGGAUUAUGUUCAAGGGGAGGAUCCCUGACAGUGACAGUUGUGUCUGUUAUUUUAAUUCGCAGGCAAAUGAUCUUUUCUGCCAUUUUUUGGAUGUCAUCUAUCGAAAUCUUUCCUGAACGUGAUUUAGAGAAAGUUGUUAGGGCUUGGUGUAUUAUUGGUUGCAUAACUUGUGAUGGUCAAUCGCUUGUGAUUAUGACAC